AUGAUGUUAUUACGAAGUUUUCUUCUUUUGUUUAUUUCAUAUCCGCAAUUAGCGGAAAUGUUCGAUCAAAAUGACCAUUAUCAACGUCUUCAUACAUCAUCUUCAUCAACAUUAGAAUUCACAGCGAAUGUCGAUUACAAUAAACUCUAUCAACGAUAUUUGAACAUUAAUAAUGCACAUGUGAAAAAUAUUGAGCCAAAGGAGAAACUUUGGUUUGCGAUUGAGAAUGGAACGAUCUUUGCUUUGCCACUAUUUGGAGAUUAUUCAGGUCCAUUUCGAAUUGAAUUCCAACAGAUCAAUCAUCAUGUAAAACCAGAAUUAAAUAACAUCAUCGAAUUGCAGUUAACAUUUAAUUUUACUCCUUCGUCAUCAUUAUUCCAUCCAUCGGACCAUCUUCUCCUGGCUGUCUUUGAUAUGUCAUCAGCAAAUUACAAUCAUUCACUCUUGAAUCGUUAUUUUAUCGUUCGUACAUUAUCACUCGCACUCAAUCUAAGCGAAUCCUUAUUAACUGUCCAUAGAAUUAAUGGUUCUAUGAUAAAAGUGUAUUUCUCGUGUGAUUUGUAUUUCUCCACGAAUUUGUCGUAUCAUUUAACAACAUUGCUCGAUCGUUACUAUUCUCGCCGUUUGCAGCUUGUGCCCCUCUUUCCUCUACCAUUAAUAGAAAUCUCAAUUGUUCGAUUAACCAAAUCCACGACAGUCUCCACAUCGACCAAAACAUCAACAACAUUCAAAAUCCAUCAGAUCGAUUUGCGCAAAGGCCAAUUAACACUUCCACCACGAUUAUUAAAUGAUAAUACAAUGAAAUUCAAUCGAACAGUACCAUCAUUUAAUAAUCUUGUUCUCAAACAACUUUAUCAACCUCUUGUUAUUGUACCAUUAACUGUAAUUGCUAUUGGACUAUUCAUAUGCGCUAUUAUUGCAUGUUGCCUUUGCUGUAAUCGACGUUCAUCAUCAUCAUCGACAUUACUCUUACCAAAUGGAACGUCAACUAGUCCAACAACUAAACAUCUUUAUCAAAAUUAUUCGUAUCGUAAGUAUAAACAAGAACACGACUAUUACAAAGAAUCACUUCGUCAUCACGAUCAACGCCAGUUCAUUUCGAAAGGUAUUCCUGUUGUAUUUGCUGAGGAAUUGGAUGAAAAAGUUGAACAAACUCAUACACCAUUGGUCAUGCGUAUUGAAAAAGCUCCAGCAAAUGAUGAACACGAAAAAGCGUCGGAAUAG